UAGAGUUUAUCAAUAUAAUAUUUUCCUUCAAUACGCUUAUAAAAACUCGAAUGCCUCUCACACAUGGCAAGUCGACAUAACUGGACAUGGCAAUGGCCACAAUCAUCUCUGCAUCAAUUAUUACCAAACCAAAUUUUAUUUGGACAUUACAAGUUCCAAAAUCCGGCAUUUCUAAUGCUCAAGCUGGCCCCAGUAUUCGACGAUCUGGAAAUUAUCAGCCUUCUAUUUGGGACUAUACUCAUAUUCAAUCAUUGAAGAAUCAAUAUUCAAGUGAGAAUUUCAUCAGACGCCGCGAUGAACUGAAAAUGGAAGUCAAGAUUAUGCUUAAUGAUCGUAACAUGAAGCCAUUGGACCAGUUGGAGAUUAUCGAUAAUUUGCAAAGGCUUGGAUUAUCUUAUCACUUUGAAGAUGAAAUAUACAGCAUUAUGAAUAUAAUAUAUGGCAAAAAUAGCGAAAAAUUGAGCAAAAGAGAUCACUUGUAUGCUAAAGCUCUUGAAUUUAGACUCUUGAGACAACAUGGAUUUAACAUUUCACAAGAAAUAUUUGAUGGUUUGUAUGACAAUAUGGCAGCUGGUCAUUGUACUGAGGAUACAAAAGGGAUGCUAUAUUUGUAUGAAGCUUCAUUUCUUGCAACAGAAGGUGAAAAUGAAUUGGAGUUAGCAAGAACUUUGACAGAAAAACACCUUAGAGUGUAUUUGGAAAAUAAAAAUUAUAUGGAUCAAAAUCUGGCUGAGUUAGUGCACCAUGCUUUGGAGCUUCCAUUGCAUUGGAGGAUGUUGAGAUUAGAGGCAAGGUGGUUCAUCAAUUUCUACAAGAAAAGACAAGACAUGAUCCCUUUCUUGCUUGAGCUGGCUAGCCUUGACUUCAACAUUGUUCAAGCAGCUCAUGUUGAGGACUUAAAAUAUGUGUCAAGGUGGUGGAAGGAAACAUGCUUAGCAGAGAAUCUGCCAUUUGGUAGAGAUAGGUUGGUGGAGAAUUUUUUUUGGACAGUCGGAGUAAAUUUCCUUCCUCCAUAUGGAUACUUCAGAAGAAUUGCCACAAAAGUAAAUGCUUUAGUAACCACAAUAGAUGAUGUCUAUGAUGUUUUUGGUACUCUGGAUGAACUACAAAUCUUCACUGAUGCCAUCCAAAGGUGGAAUAUCAACGAGUUGGAUAAACUCCCAGACAUUAUGAAGAUGUGCUAUUUUGCACUCGACAACUUUAUUAACGAAGUGGCUGGCGAUGCUUUUGAAGAGCAUGGCAUUUUCAUUUUACCAUAUCUAAGAAAUGCGUGGACAAAUUUGUGCAAUUCAUACUUGAGAGAAGCAAAGUGGUACCACAGCCAGUAUACCCCAACCAUGGAAGAAUACAUGGACAAUGCCUGGAUCUCGAUAACAGCUCCAGUAAUAUUAGUACAUGCAUAUUUCCUCGUUGCCAACCCUGUAAACAAGGAGGCUUUGCAUUACUUGGAGAAUUACCAUGACAUAAUUCGUUGCUCAGCAUUGAUUUUGCGGCUCGCCAAUGAUUUAGGAACAUCAUCGGACGAGUUGAAAAGGGGUGAUGUACCUAAAUCAAUACAAUGUUACAUGAACGAAACUAAAGCUUCAGAAGAAGAGGCUCGACAACAUAUUAGGGUUUUGAUUAGCCAGACAUGGAAGAAAAUGAACGAAGCUCAUGACACAGCACGACACCCCUUCCCUAAGAUAUAUGUUAAGUGUGCUAUGAGCCUAGCAAGAAUGGCACAAUGCAUGUACCAGCAUGGUGACGGCCAUGGCGGUAAUAACUCCACGACUACAAAUCGCAUCAUGGCGUUGCUCUUUGAAUCUAUUCCUCCAGCUUACAAACGCUCUUCAGCAAAAACGAGACUCCCCUAUGGUCAAUUAUAGAUAGAAAUCCAUGAAUUAUGGUCAGUGGGUUCAGUAUGCAUAUUACAGUAUUCCACAAUGCAUUAUCAAAACGAUAACUACAGUGACUUGCAUGGCAUUUUUUACUUCUCAUGGUGAAUGAAUAUGCUUUCAAAAUAUCCCCAGUGUUGUACAUCAUAGGAAACCUGUCUAUUGAACAAGUUCAAAGUGCCAAUAUUCAUACAACAAUAACAUUCGUAUCAACACAACAAACUUGGACAAUGAUCCUGUAAUGAGAACAGAUAAGGAUGAAUUGAUACAGGAUUGGGCCAUAGUCUUGACUGCUAGUGCAGCUGACGUC